AAAACAGACGAACAACAAAAAUGGAGUCGUGAACUAGUAGCAAGUUAGCUUCAGAAGGACGUUCAAUUCCAGUUUUUGUGUAAUUACCUUUACAUGGGCGCAAUUUCCAACUGAUUUGAAGUGGCGGGAUGCGAUCCUAUCGAAAUCAUACUAGUUGAUGUUUUGUAGCAACCGUAAGAAGCUGUCGCACGGGUAAACAACCCGGUAUCUUGGCUACGACAAAGACAACAAGGCUUAGUGGCUAGCUAGCUGAAGCAGUAGCAUCUGCUCGUUUUCACUCUGUGUGCUCGGGAAGGAGGAACGGGACUCGGACAGAAAUGGAGAAGGGAGACUUCUUGAAGGGACUACCUGUCUACAACAAAAAUAACUUCAGCAGGUUCCAUGCAGACUCUGUAUGUAAAGCAUCAAACCGUCGACCAUCUGUGUAUCUUCCAACCCGGGACUAUCCAUCAGAGCAAAUAAUCGUCACAGAGAAGACAAACAUCCUACUGCGAUAUCUUCACCAACAGUGGGACAAAAAGAAUGCAGCCAAAAAGCGAGAGCAGGAUCAACCAGAGGGGGAGAACACGGCGCCUCCACGGAAAAUUGCUAGAACAGACAGUCGGGAGCUGAACGAGGAUUCAUAAAUUGCUGUGCUGUUGAUGCACACCCAGCAGAGACUGACCUGUACAAACAAUGCAUACACAGAUGCAGGAUACAUGUUUGCAAACCCAGGCCAUGACACUGAAGCACACAAGGGGCGAUACAUUUCAGACCACAGUCGCAUGACAUUAAUCCCAAAAAACAUUGGUCUUAAUGUUUGCAGUUGAGUUCAGAUUUCCUCUUUAACCAAAAAAAUUUUUUCCCUCAGUUUAUUUACUACUUUCUCCCAGUAUUUUCUUUACUUCUAAGAGACCUCUGCCUCAGAGUAUUUGUAGUUUGAAAAUAACAUACAUCUACCUCCUUAUUCCUCAACCCCUCUGGUUUUCUUUUAAAUAUGCAGGGAGUGAAGUCAUUGCUCCUCUGCUGCUAUUUAAGGGUUUACAGCUGAAGUUAAUCAUACCAUUACUGAGAUAUGCACGAUUUUAGUUUAGUCUAUAUAAGUGAGAUGUCAUCUUUUGUGGCUCCUACUUCAUUAGGAAUUUUUAGUUUUGAAAUAUGUAAUGACAGUGACCCUUAAAAUUUUAUUUUAGUUCAUCCUUUGUGACUACUGUCAUUACAGUAACUGAAAAUAAAACUGCACUCUGUUCUUCUUAGGUUUAAUUAUCCUUUCAGGGUUUGCUAUGGACUGUUGUGGAAAAAGUGAGUUCUGAAAGAAAUGUUUUCACCCCGAUGAAUAAUGAUUUAUUGCCUUAAAUGGAAGUGAGCGUGUUUUCACUGUGUCUUAGAGUGUUUACAUUGUUGAACCACUGUUGAGUUAAAUAUAUAUUGGCAUGUCUUUUCAGUAAGAACACAUUCAAGCCAACAGUCACACUAGAGGAUGCAAACUCUUUUUGUACAGUGUGACCUGCAGAUUUUGUAGCCAAGUUUGAUGCUCAGUAGUUUGAGAUCACCACUUUAUAAGCAGCGCUUGUAUCUCUAAUUGCAAGGUUAGCACAAUGUUUUAUGGAAUAUAGGUGAUUACUGCAGGUAUUUAGCUGUACAGAUGUGUAGGCUACUCCUAAGGACUGCUAUCCAUCCUUAUUAUAAAUGUGCCAUUCACAUUUGCUUAAAUAGGUUGAUCAUUUAAAUCAUAACGAGGGACGGUGUGUUUGGAUCUACAAGCUUUUAGCAGCAGGACUAAAUAAACACAGUCUGUUUGCUGCUCAUGAAGUCAGUGACGCUCAUCAUAAUGCUCCACAAGUCUUGUAUAUUUGUACAGUAUGUAUAUUGUGAUUUUCUUUACCCUUCUGAACCCACUCUGUCAGGCAACAAGACACUGACUCACUCUUGUUUUUUCUCCCCAAGUCAGCCAUAAUGUGAUUUCAUGUUCAG